AUUUCAACGCGAAUAAACCUCAAACCAUCUUUAUUCAACCUCGACGAAUAUCACAUCGAUCUUAACACUUUGGCUAUUGUUAUAUGAUCAGGCAAAUUACAAGGGCAUAACUCGCUCGUAGUCACGACUCAGGAAGGAGCGACGCGGCCUUCAUCAACACACUCACCGGCCCGAGUCGCCAUCAUUCUGCUGCCCAAGAUGCCACCUCUGGUCACGAACUCCCCAAGCGAUGUUCUGGAGUCCGAGUCUGAGUACUCGUCCGAUGACGAAUCUACGCACAGUAUUCCCAACAACCCUUCACAAUACGGCUCAAUUGACAGCGAACCGCGCUUCGCGAUUGAGCCCGAAACACUUGGGCCCUCUACUUCUGGCAUUACACCGAACUCUGUAUCUCACCAUGUGUCGGGAGCCAACGCGAGCAAUGGAACCAAACGCAAAGCUGAGUCACCAGCAGUCAACGGCCAUCAUCCAAACAAGGCGCCCAAAACGUCGGACACGUCCGACUCUUCUGCCUCGGAAUCCGAGGACGACGAGGAGGACAUGCCUGUCUCUGAAGGGCCAGCCACGCCUCAUACUGAGGGCGUCCUUAACAAACCAGGGACCCCCCUCCACCUCUUCUACGAAAUGUUCCCGCAGUUCAAAUGGGUCGGCGAGCGCAGGAGCAAAGUCUGGCGGCACCUGGCCUCGCUCCCCUUGAAACGGAUCCCCGUCAUCACCAAGCUGCACCGCUUCAACAUGAACAAGCUCCAGAACCAGCCGUCCUUCAUGAUGCAGGCCACGGGCGAGCUGCUGCCAGACAACAAGGCCUGCACACGGUGCGUCAAUAAAAACAGCGUGUACAAGGGCUGUGUCGUGCCGCGCGACGAGAUCAUCGUCAGCCUGACGAACGGCGCCUGCGCGAAUUGUUGGUACAACCGCCAGGGGUCCCAGUGCAGCCACAAGAAGGGCUUCAAGUUCAAGCCGAGGCCGCCGAGGGAGUAUAAAUGGGUCAAGGUAACCGCAACCCCUAAAGGAACCGUCACAGGAACCGCCGCCGACUCGUCAUUGUCACAGUCCCAGUCCCAUGCCACGGACCAUGACCCGGUUACCCCUAGGCCUACCGCCCUGUCCUCCACCUCCGGAGUACACCAAGCCCACGCAGCGCACUCACCUCCCCCAGCACCCCUACCGGGCCUACCACCACCACCACCACCAACACCAACAACAACAACACCUGCCGCGCCACCUCUCCACCCAGCCUACGUCUCAGCACUUCAAAAAGCUUCCAACUCCGCGGCGACAACCCCAGAUCCUGAUCAUAACCAUUCAUUACCUGCGACAACAACAGGAGCAUCAAUCACCCUCGACGACAGGGUCCGCGCCUGGGGGUCACGCUACAACAGCAUGCCCAUUGCGAAGCUACUCACGCAACAGAGGCAUCUAAUGGAGUGGCAGGAGGAUCUGAUGACGCGCAUGAUGGCCAUGAACAAGGUCAUUCUGCAGAGGUUGAGUCGGACGGGAGAUUUACGAUCGGCGGGGAGACCGGCAGGUGAGUGAGGGUACGGUCAGGGUCGGGGUGGCGGUCAUCAUCAGAGUCUUGGUGAGAGUUGGGUCAUUUGCAUUGCAUUCUAACAAGCAGUGAAUUAACCCUGAGACUAGGAGGCAUCGUGCAUGUAAGCAUUUUGUCUAGAAUCUUGGAUCACGCUUAUGAGACACUGGUUUUCAACUGGGCUAUUUUCUGGGCGUCACAGUCAUAUCAAGAAUUGUACGGAGAGCGGCGCCUGGGCUCGAUUCCCUUCUCUUGCCCCUGGUCGCAGCUCUCUUCGUUGUGACUAGGUAGCCAGAGCCGGGUCAAGACAGAAACAAGAAAACCCAAAGCAGGACAGCUGAGAGCAACAAAGCGAAUACUGUAACUAUAUGGAGCGAACAGACCGCUGCCUCCCCAAAUGC